AUGAACGAGCGCGCGGACCCGCUCAGACCCGCACCGCCAAACCCCGCGAACGCCUCCGCGCUCACGCUCCUCUCCUUCUCGUGGAUGCGCCCCACCGUCGCUGCGGGUCGCGUGCGCCCGCUCGAGGACCCUGACAUCAUCCCACUCGCGGAUAAGUUUCGGUGCGAACGCACCGGACAGGGUACCUUUCAGCCGCUCUGGAGACGACAGGUCGGCCCUACCGGCGCAGGCAUCCCCGGUACUACACCCAGCUUGUUCCUUGCACUCUUCCAGUCCUUCGGUACCAGGCUCAUGUUCAGCGCCCUCCUCAAGGUCGGCAAUGACAUCUGCCUCUUCGUCUCCCCGCUCAUGCUCAGGUUGAUUAUCAAGCACUUGCAGGACCGCGACGCCGGCGACGCCCGCCCCAUGGACGGCCUGCUGCUCGCCCUCGCCCUGUUUGCCACCUACACCUUCCAGUCUAUGAUCUUCAACCAGUACUUCAACACCGUCUCCACCAUCCAAGUCCAGCUGCGGGGCGCCCUAAUCGGCGCCGUCUUCCAAAAGAGCCUCCGUCUUUCCCCGGAGAGCCGCGCCCUGUACACCUCGGGCCAGAUCCAGAACCUCAUGGCCACCGACUCGCGCACCGUCUCCGACUUUGUCCUCUACCUCAACAUGCUCUGGAGCGCCACCGAGCAGAUCAUCGUCGCCAUGCUCCUGCUCGUCAACCUCAUGGGCUGGAUCCCCACCGUCGCCGGCGUCCUCUUCAUCCUCGCCUCCAUGCCUUUGCAGGCCACCCUCGUCGCCACCAUCAAGGCCCUGCGCGAGAAGGCCAGCGCCCGCACCGACAACCGCGUCAAGGUCGUCUCCGAGGCCAUCAAGGGCAUCAAGGUCGUCAAGCUCUACGCCUGGGAGCUCUCCUUUGUCAAGAAGAUCCUCGCCACCCGCGCUCGCGAGCUCCACUUCAUGCGCAGCAUGGCCAUCGUCCAGGCCUGGAGCUCCACCCUUGUAUUCAGUCUCCCCACUAUGCUCACCGUCACCGUCUUUGUCACCUACGUCCUCACCGGCCGCGUCCUCGACGCCGCCGUCGUCUUCCCAGCCAUCGCCCUCUUCAACGUCAUCCGCCCGCCCCUCCUCUUCCUCCCCAGCAUCAUCAUCAGCGCCGCCCGCGCAGGCGCCUCCCUCUCGCGUCUCACUUCCUUUCUCAGCGCUGAAGAGCUCGUCCCCAUGUACGACGGCCCCCACGCCCUCGACCAGCACGUCUUGGACGCCGAAAACGUCGACCUGGCCGCUGAGAACGCCUCCUUCACUUGGGACCCUUCCACCUCCCUCUCCGCCUCCACCCUCACCUCCAUCUCUUUCCGCGUCCCGCAGGGCGCCCUCGUCGCCAUCGUCGGGCCCACAGGCUCCGGCAAGAGCACCCUCUUGGCCGGCCUGCUCGGCGAGCUGCCCAUCGUCUCCGGCCGCGCUGGCAUCCGUCAGAACCGCACCGUCAGCUACUGCGACCAGGUCCCGUUUAUCCAGAACGCCACCCUACGCGAUAACAUCCUCUUCGGCAAGCCCUACCACGAGGAGUAUUACCGCGAGACCGUCCGCGUCUGCUGCCUCCUCUCCGACUUCCGCAUCCUCCCCGCCGGCGACAACACCGAGAUCGGCGGCCGCGGCAUCAACCUCUCCGGCGGCCAGCGCGCCCGCGUCUCCCUCGCCCGCGCCGUCUACGCCCAGGCCGACAUCUGCCUGCUCGACGACCCACUGUGCGCCGUCGACGCCCACGUCGGCAAGUCCAUCUUCAACGACUGCAUCGUCGCCAAUCUCCACGGCAAGACUCGCCUGCUCACCACCAACCAGAUCCACUUUGCCGCCUCCCCGCAUGUCGACAUGAUCAUUGUCGUCAAGAACGGCACCGUCGCAGAGUCUGGCACCAGGGCCGCCCUGCUCGCCGAUCACACCUCCGAAUUCUCGCAGCUCGUCGAGGCCGCCGGCGAGAUGGGCGCGGGCGAAGUCCCCGAGGACCACGUCGAAGCCCGUCACCCUUCCGCGCCUGUACCCGGCGGCGAUGAUGACCACCACCACCACCACGACUACGACGACGUGGUGGUGGGUGGAGAAGGAACAGGGACAGAAACUGGAGCAUCAACCCAGGCAAAGGGUAAAGACGCCUCUAGCUCCCUGCUUGCUUCCGACGACAAGACCGAAAACUACGGCACGAUUGAGAGCGGCAAACUCAUUAAAAAGGAGACCAAGAGCAAAGGCAGGGUUCAGUUCAGACACUACUUGACUUACUUCAGGGCGAUGGGUGUCAUCCAAUGGGUGCUGCCCAUCUUUGUGUUUGCGCUUGGAGCCCAGAUGACGAGUUUGGCCGUCAACGUCUGGCUCAGCAUUUGGAGCGAUUCGAGCACCGGCGUAAACGCGGGCGCAGAAACAAACACCCUCCUCAAUCUCGUUGUGUUUUGCUCUCUCGGAUUUUUCUCAGUCGUCGUCUCUUCCGGGUCGGCUUUUUCGCUCGCGUUUGGAGUGAUUCGAGCUUCUGUUCUGCUUCACGAGAAGCUGCUCUUGUCCGUUUUCGGUGCACCCAGUUCCUUCUUCAACGCCACCCCGGAAGGGCGCCUUGUUAACAGGUUCAACUCAGACAUGGACAAGGUUGACUCAACCUUGGGCUCCACACUGCAGUCGUUGCUCAGGCUGCUGCUCAACUUGUCGUUCACCAUCGGUCUCAUCUUAUGGGCAACCCCCGCAUUUGUCUUUGUCGUCAUCCCCGUGGGAGCUGUUUGCUUGUAUGUGCAGGAGUUUUACCGCAAGUCUAGUGUUGAUUUGCGUCGCCUGGAGGCCGUCGCUCGAAGCCCGCUCUACUCCCAUUUCGGGGAAACACUUGAUGGCGUUGUAACCAUCCGUGCUUACCGUGACGUGCCGCGCGCCACUUUUGUCAACGAUACCUACACUGACGUGCUGAACAAGACGUCAUAUGCCUCGUCAUGCGCAAAUAGGUGGAUAGCCGUUCGACUCGAGGCGCUCGGCACAAUCUUGAUCUUUGGAGCAUCUCUUCUCGCCAUCUUUGCUCCCCCCGGACAACUGUCGGCCAGUAUGUCGGGGCUUGUGUUGUCUUAUGUAAUGCAAAUUCUUGGUGCCAUGAACUGGAGCGUUAGGCAGUUCACCGAAGCAGAGUCGCAGCUGAGUGCCAUCGAACGCGUGGCCGAGUAUUCAGAACCACCGUUUCUGCAAGAAGAAGCCGGAGGCGUACAGCGCAGGAGGUCUCGAUGGCCGAAGAAGGGCUGUAUUCUGUUUGAAAACGUAACUAUGCGUUAUCGCAAGGACCUGCCUCCUGCUCUCAAGUCUGUGUCAUUUUCGAUAUUCCCUGGUGAACACGUCGGGAUUGUCGGGCGCACCGGUGCUGGAAAGAGCUCUGCCAUCCAAUGCCUGUUCCGGUUGUAUGAGUUGGAAAAGGGGCGCAUCGUUAUUGAUGAUGUCGACAUUUCCAAAUUGAAACUCUUUGACCUGCGUUCUUCCCUUGGAAUUAUUCCACAAGAACCGUUUUGCUUCUCGGGUACCAUCAGAUCAAACCUCGACAUCGAAGGUGGAUCCAAUCUCAGCGUGGGGCAACGCCAGCUGUUGUGUCUUGGGCGAGCACUCCUUCGCGAUAGCCAAGUGCUGGUCCUCGACGAGGCAACAUCUAGCGUUUCCAACGCUACGGACCAACGCAUUCAGAAAACACUAAGAGACGAGAUGGGUCAUUGCACCGUACUCACAGUCGCACACAGAUUGCACACAGUCAUGCAAAGUGACCGCAUCAUUGUGAUGGACGAAGGGAAAAUCGGUGAGAUGGGCAAGCCUAGUGAUCUUCUAAGCCGGCCGUCCAUGCUCAGUGCGCUUGUCGAUGAGACUGGCCCGAACACGGCUGCUCAUCUCAGGAAUCUUGCUUCACUCCCAAGAGAUGCGCACCAUCUAAACGGGGGCGAGUGCAUGUACUUUAAGGACCGAAACGGACACAAUGGAGGAGGCAUCGGAAGAAUGGCCAAUGAAAAUGAAAAUCCUAGCUGUUUUGCCAAAUCGCAAGUGUCCAUGCGGAGCAGAGUCCGGCAUGCCUUCCUAGACUUGCGAAGCGCCUUGCAGGAAGCAAAGUUGAUUGCCACAGGUGAAAUGCAUGAACCAGAGAUCAAUCCGGCAGAGUGGCGGGAACAACUCAGCUUGAUGGUCUCCAAACUGAGUGUGCUGUCGGCGGAACUGAACAAGGAUGGUUCGAUCACGGGGAAUGUAGACGAAUACUUCCAUGGUCGACCCACGGAUAUGUUACAAGCAGAGCAGUCGCCAGCGAUGUCUACUCAUUCGACCAGGCCGUCACGUAAUUCGGACGAAGACCUUCCGCGAAUAGACUUAAUGGCAAGAAAGAGGUCCACAGACAAGUGAUACGACUUGUGCUUUGUUACCUGCUGAUGAGUGUUGUAGUGAAAUUGGUCGGGGGUGUGGGUCUCUACGGCAGUACUGUAGCAAUACAAUACGCGAUUACGAAUAGCAUCCGUUACCUUGACGUUUAGUGUUAAUGACAUGCGAGAUAAUAAUAAAAACAACUACAAACCUUCUAUUUUGCCCGAAA